AACUUAGUGCUUACGAAUUACAAACAAAAAGUAGUUUUCUUGAAGUGAUUCGGCGAACAAAAUGCUGUUCUACUCGUUCUUCAAAUCCCUAGUCGGGAAAGAUGUAGUGGUUGAGUUAAAAAAUGACCUCAGCAUUUGUGGAACACUGCAUUCCGUCGAUCAGUACCUCAACAUUAAGCUGACAGAUAUCAGUGUAACUGAUCCCGAAAAAUAUCCGCAUAUGCUGUCCGUCAAAAAUUGUUUCAUUCGAGGAUCUGUUGUACGGUACGUUCAACUUCCUGGAGAUGAGGUUGAUACUCAGCUUUUACAAGAUGCAGCUCGCAAGGAAGCGGUUACAAGUGUUAGAUAAGCUUAAUUUGCCGUAACGUGGGAUUAUAAUUUAUCUUUUAUGUAAUAAAACGUUAAUGUGCAUGA